GUACUGCACUGGAUAUCAAGAUGAAGGCAGCCUUGAUAGCAGCCAUGUCAUGGUCCUCACACUCGUCUGCUCCCUUCAUGAAGCCAGCUCUCUGGGGAAGCUGAACUUACCGGUGAUUUUACUUCCCUAUGUCCCCUCCAGCACUGCACUGGAGUCAAGGUCAACUCUUCACUCUGAGCUCCCCUCAAGGUUGCUUCUCUUGGUGUUGGCAAGUCCACCCUCCUCUGCUCUAUGGCGUGUCGUGAGCUGCGUCUACCAGCUGGUGUGAGUGUACUACACGUGGAGCAAGAGGUCACUGGGGACAACACACUAGCACUGGAUAGUGUACUCGAGUGUGACACUGAGAGAGUGCAGCUGCUCGCUAGAGAGGGGGAGCUACUGCAUGGCCUCAGGGGACAAGAACACAGCAGCAGGCAGCGCUUCUGAUGAGCUGGCUGAGGUAUACCUUCCACUACAGGAGAUAGACGCUGACAAAGCACCAGCAAGAGCUGGCUGUAUUCUGGCUGGUCUGGGGUUCACUCCACAGAAGAAUGAGAUUUUAUCUGGCCAGGACACUGUUUGCAAGAUGUGGGAACACGAAACCAUCGUCGGUUGUGUGCAGUGUAUUAUAGUCGUACCCCCGGGUUUGAAGUGAUCCAUGGACUACUGGACCGUGUCAUGUAGCUGCUGGAGGUGUCCUUCACCAAAGAUGGCAGUGGAUACUUCCUCAAGGCAGCUGAAGACUCUACCUAUUUCCCGGGCCGUUGUGCAGAGGUGUGUACGUGGGAAGGUGAUCGGGAAACUGGGAGGUGUGUCUGGUGCAGCUGUUCUCACGGCUUCCUCCAACCAGUACCUGUCCUCCGUACUCUCCAGGGAGAACCUAUCUCCUCAGUUGCUUAGAGGCUUUGUUGAUGAUGUCACCAUUUUCUUAGCCACCCUCCAGACAUGUUACACACUCCAUCAGCCUCUAAACCAAGUGCUGGAAUACACGUCGUCCCUCCUCAUCACCUUGAUUUCUCCAUCGCCCCCGGCAACAACUGGAUGUUGAAGGUGGGUAGAGACUAGUCUCGCAAGCAGACUUGUCCUAGAGUUCCUUCACAGCCAGGAAAAUAUACGAGGUGUUACCCGCCCACUAUGACGUGGAUAAAUCUGAUUGGCACUGCCAACAUUCUGGCAGGGGUCCACGGAAUUGCUGCAAUAGUGACCAGACGUUCCCUCCCUUCCACGUCUGCUCGCGAGACUAGGUAGAGACUACGCCAUCACUGUGAAUGUGUUUGACAAAAUGAACCACAAGAUUAUCAUCACUGAGAACCUCUUGUGCCUGCCGAGCCUGUUUCCAUGACGAUACGACCAGUGAUUGGUCAUAUGCCAGCCUGCCCUCUAUUAACUCAGACCAACAAUCACAAUAUUCAGUUCCUGUGUGUCCUUUGAACCAAAAUUGAAAUAACACUGUAUGGGGCCAGGGCGUUUGACAACUUCACAUCACUGCAUGGACGUGGUGAUCGUCCAAUCAGAAUGCUCUACCUACCCCCCAGACCUCCUCACUACAACACAAGGACUCAGAUACUCCCUGAGUGUCAAUUUCUUUCUUUCUCUCCUCCUUCGCAAUCCACCAGAACUGACGUCUAAUGAAAUACUGUUCUUCAAUCACCCUCUAAACAAGGGCGCCCUCACUAUAACCCACGGCUCUGAUCAUUCCUGAUAAUGUCAUUGAGUUACUUGACUGUUUGCAGCACCCAGACACUGGUGAGGUUCAUGACCUCCCGACCCUCAUAACCAAGCACCAGGUGGUGGAGAUCAACGACCCAGUGCAAGUGACCCCCAAACACCUCGUCAUUCUCUGGGACCCCCAAACAGAGUUCAAAUACCAGCACCAAUUGAAUGUGAGUGUGCUAGCUAGCUUGUUGAGAGCUAAACCUGUGUAGGGUACCAGCUACAUAGGCUUGUACAUGGCUUGUAAUAAUAAUUACCGUAUAGCGAGUAAUUUACGUGAGGUAGAAAUGUUCGUAUUUUUCGUAUUGUAGAGCAUCAUACAAAAAUGAAAACUGCUCUACCGCUAGGUUAAACGUCACUAUCCUGAGCUGUACCAAUAUUUAGAAUACAAAGUGCACGUAAGAACAGUUCAUACGAACAUUUGCAUCAAAGAAAAGUGUAGUAGACAGUUGUAUAAUUCAGAUUGUAAUACAUUUUUUAUAUCAGGUGACUGAAUGGUCUUGUGAGGUGGAGGGGAUUGCUCACCACUAGGACCAAGGGGAAGUCCCUAGUGGUAGCCAUGGAUACCAAAAACACGGCUCACUUUGAUAAACAGAGCCACGGGGCAGACACUGCGUUGUGACGUAUUUGUAGCCUCAAUUGAGCAUAUUGAGAUCACAACUCGUACGAAGGAGCUGCUGUUGGGGGAGGAGCCCGAGCGUUUCAGUGUGCAGGCUUUUUACGAGGAAGUCUCGUGCAUGGACAAAGAUGAUGUGUACAGUUUUAGAGUGCUUGCUUGUGAAGUGGUGAAUGCCAGAUUUCCUGAAGCUGCUGUAUUUCUUGGUCUGCUAUCGAGUAUGGAAGGUGUAUGGUGGGAGCUCCACCCACUCAUCACCUCCUGUGUCUCUCACUCCCCUCAGGACAGACCCUCCAUGGACACUGUGCUACACCACAUCAAACAAUUGGACUCUGUGACAUUUAGUGUCGUGUGCAUAUAUGUGUGAGUGUUUAUCCCCCCCCCCCAAUCAUUACUAUAAUGUUCGUUAUUAUUUGUGUGAAUUAGUUUGAAUGAUGUUUUUGUAUAAUGCUUAGUUAUUUUGAUGUACAUUUAUAGUUGAA